AUGCCAAAUCCUAGUGAAUUUACUGCUUUGCAGCUUCCAUUAAAUCUCUUUCGACUAGAAGAAAGACCGGGUUAUCAAGGUCAGUCUACACGGCUUAAAGAAAUUCCCUUAUACAUCAUGGAAAAUAAUGCUAAUCAGGAGAAAAUAGAACUUACCGUGAAUGGAGCAAAUCAUUCACUUUCUGAAUCCGCACCAACAGGUAUUCCAAGUAGUUCUCCAAUUGCUUUAUCUACAACAUGUACUCCUAACGCUUCAAAGACAGCAUCCUGUAAUGCUCAUAACAUGUCCACAACGUCACUCACUAGUGAAGCUCAAAAAGGGAUUCCAUCUGAUUAUGUAUUUGGUUCGAAUAUUUCUUCACGUGUUGUAAAUGCUGAUGUAUCAAGAGGUGCUUCAAGUGAUUUGUGGACAUCAACAGGUAAUGGCUCUACUUCAUCUGUGUUUACUACAUUGGCUAAGGCAGUUACAGCUGCUAAAACAAACAGUAAAGAUUCCAAAAAUUUGGAAGAUUCUGCAAAAGAAGUAGUUGAGGAUAAGCGUAGAGAGACACUAAAUUUGGCAGAAGUUGAUCUAGUUACUGGUGAAGAAGGAGAAAUACCAGUUAUUCGACAACAUUGUCGGGCUUAUGUUUUUGAUGCUAACAAACAGAAGUGGAAUAAUCUUGGGGCUGUACAUUUUCACUUAAAUGACAUCCCAAACGACAAAGCAGAGGGAUAUAGUAACCCUUCCAGUCGAUCACGAAUAGUAGUUCGUUUGGUGUCUACGCGCAAGUUAGUGAUCAACACUGUUAUUUGGUCUCAAAUACCCGUUGCACUAGUUGAUCCGAGAAAUUUGAGAAUUGGUGCAGUUAAUGAUGACGGGCAUAUCAAAAGCUAUCUAUUCGCAUUUCCACAGGAUGAUUUGGCUGCAAAAAUAUAUGAAUUAUUAUGUCUCAGAAAAUCAAAUACUACUACUAUUUUUCCACUCGAGACUAACAGCAACAAAUCCCCAGGUGUAAACAAAGAAGUGGUGACUGGCUGCAAACGUCAGUUUGAAACAGAGGCUACGUCAGAUAGUGACCACUUACCUCAUGCUCCCGCUAAAGUAGCCAGUACAAGUGUACCUCUGCCAACGGCGAACCUGACUGUAUUUCCUAAAACCAACAUUUUCAGACCUUCAGUAUUUACUCCGUCUUGCCAAGAUACAUCCAAUGGUGCUCCUGUUUCUAAUUUGACUGCUCACACAGGAGAGCUUCAGUUUCGCAAUUCACCCUUGGAUAAUGUUGUAAAGCGUCUAUAUGAAAGUAAUCCGUCUGGUUCAGCUGAACCCCCUACACUGCCAAAUAAUACUAAAAUUGUCGAUUCCCCUAAACUGUCUUCAAACGUAUCUUCCAAAAGCAUGUCUAUUAGUUCAGUCUCAAAUAAUAGGUGUGCGGAUUUCGUAUUUGGACAUAAUGUUUCGGAACGAGUUACAAAUACUUCAACCACAACGGGAAGCCGCGAUACUUCUAGAGACCUCCCAAGUGAAUCUCCAGAGCCAAACGUCCGCACAUUGUCCCCGGAAAGCGAAGAACCUUCAGAUGCUUCUGAGGUCGGUGAACACUUCUCUAUUCUCCCUAGUAAACAAACUUUGGAAGAAUCCGCAGCUGCUGUCGCCUCUGAAAUGCUUGAAAAAUCUACUUAUUUGCUAGCCAAUCUGCCAGAAUCGCCUAUCCUCACUGGGGAAGAAGGAGAAUACCUUACUUUGAAGGCGUAUUGCCAUUUCUACUGCUUUGAUCGUCACAAACAUGAGUGGGUCGGACGAGGACAGGCCUAUAUACAUCUGAAUGAUGUAGCGAUGAAGCCUUCGACUGUUGCCAGUCAGAUGUCUCCUUUUCCCUCUGGACCACCUGCCCGUUCUCGUUUGGUGAUUCGCACUUGUCAAACACUGAAACUCUUAGCGAAUGUUCCUGUUUGGUCAGGUUUAAAUGUUACGAUGGCUGAUGAACGUUCAAUUCGACUCACCACAGUUUGUCAUCCAUCAGAGAAAGUGAGUGAAUCACCAAAUAAGAUUUCAUGUCAAAGCGAUCCUGUUGCAAUAAAACCGGAGUUCUGUGCUUACUUACUUGUGAUGCACUCACAUAAAGAAGCAGAUAGACUUUUUCAGGCUCUUGGUUCACGUAUAACCACUUUUAAUAGUCGUUUGAACUCAGAGCUUACUGGUCUUCAGGAAACUAAUAGUGCGUCGAACAGUCCUGGGGAUUUUCCUGUCGUCCAUUCCCGUAAGAAUGCUAACCCAGAAGAGGGUGAUGAUUCUCCUUUUAUCGGUAAAGGUGACGAAGGAACACAAAGCACUAAAUCAGAAACUGACGACUUGCCCACAAAUGUAGACAGUGAGUCUUCGAUUGCUACACCAUCCACAGAUUAA